GAAAGUUUCAGACAUAAACAACUCUUCCAAUCUCUCUCUAAGCAAUUAAGCAGACAAGACAGUGAUGAUAUGAGCCAAAGAGAAACGAGCCGUGAUAUUAUCACUCAUCGUUUCCUCUUAUGAAUCUCUCCGCCGACCAAGCUCCCAUCGCCGCCGCCGACGAACUAGCUCCGCCGUCUCAACCGCAUCGCUUAUCAACAUCAUGUGAUCUCCACCCAGAUGAGCGUUUCUCCGGGUUCUGUCCUUCCUGUCUCUGCGAUCGCCUCUCCGUCUUAGAUCACAACGCCGCUCCGCCGCCGUCGUCUUCUUCCCGGAAACCUCCCACUAUCUCCGCUGCUACGUUAAAAGCUCUCUUUAAGCCCUCCUCUAGUUGUAAUAACAACAACAACAAUAACAAUGCUUCUAGUGGAAACGGUCGGGUCAAACCCGGUUUCUUCCCGGAGCUCCGACGUACGAAGUCAUUUUCUGCAAAGAACAACGAAGGAUUCUCCGGUGGGUUUGAGCCGCAGCGUCGGUCUUGUGACGUCAGGCUUCGUGACGACCAUAGAAACCCUCCCUCCAAAGAAACUGCCACCAUCGUCGUCUCCGGCGGUAAAAUCGAGGACGAGCCGAGAAAGUCUAGCGUGAGUGAGAUAGUUUUAGAGGUGAAUGAAGAAGCUGAAAUUGAGGAGGAAGUAGAAAACGGUGGCCACUCUGAGAUCUUAGAAGAUACCGGCGAAAUGGUUGAAGAAAAAUGCGGCGAAAUUGUUGAGGAAGAAGAGGAAUUGAAGCCAAUGAAGGAUUACAUGGAUCUCUACUCACAAACAAAGAAACCGUCGGUGAAAGAUUUCGCCGGGAGUUUCUUUUCGGCGGCCUCUGUUUUCAGCAAGAAACUUCAGAAAUGGAGGCAGAAACAGAAGAUCAAGAAACCGAGAAGCGGUGUCGGCGGCGGCGGAGGACGGCCACAAUCUGAAAUCGGAGUAGGCCGGAGAUCCAGCGACACCGACCCGAGAUUCUCUCUUGACGCCGGGAGAUUCUCCGUCGAUAUUGGUCGGAUUUCUCUGGACGAUUCUCGUUACUCGUUGGACGAGCCAAGAGCGUCGUGGGAUGGACACUUAAUCAGCAGGACAACGGCGGUUAGGGUUCCUCCGCCGCCAUCGAUGUUAUCAGUCGUGAAAAACGCGCCAAUUCAUCGAUCAGACAUGCAGAUUCCAGUGCAAGAACCGUCGUCUCCGUCAAUUAAUCCGGUUAACAAUGAAUCCGAUCCGAUUAUCAUUAUCCCCGGCGGAUCUAAUCAAACUCGAGACUAUUACACUGGACCUCCGUCGUCACGGAGACGGAAGAGCCUCGACAGAUCCAAUUCAAUUAGGAAAAUUGCGACGGAGCUGGACGAUGUCAAAUCGGUAUCAAAUUCAAAGGUUUCUCCGGCGACAACAACAAUAGAUUCAAAUUUCAUGGAAACAGAGGAGAACAAAGGGAAUCAAAACGGAGAUAAAAAAUCGAGACGGUGGGGGAAAUGGAGCAUUUUAGGGUUUAUAUACAGGAAAGGUAAGGACGAUGAAGAAGAAGAAGAUAGGUAUAGCAGAUCCAACAGCGCCGGAAUGGUUGAGAGGUCUUUAUCGGAAUCGUGGCCGGAGCUGAGGAACGGAGAAGGAGGAGGACCGAAGAUGAGGAGAAGUAACAGCAAUGUGAGCUGGCGAAGCUCCGGCGGAGGAUCGACGAGGAAUAAGAGUUCGAGGUAUUCGUCUAAAGAUGGAGAGAACGGAAUGUUGAGGUUUUAUUUGACUCCGAUGAGGAGUAGUUGGAGGAGCGGCGGUGGUAGUGGUGGUGGCGGCGGAGGCGGUGGUGGUGGGUGGGAGAAGACGGCGGCUAAGGCAAAUAGUCACGGCCACUCUAUAGCAAGGAGAGUUAUGAGGCUGUAUUGACGAAAUUGUCCCUCUUCAUUUUAAUUAUUGGGAGCAAUGGGAGGUUCUUUGAAAGCUUGCAUCGGAAUCUUAGAGCGUUUGAUCACAGAUUCAUCACUAAUCUUCUCGUUGUAAUCAAAGAAAUCAAGAUCGGUUUCACUACGGAAUCUCAACACAAUGCUUUGUAUGCCUGUUCGAUACAAACCCUUGAACUCUGCAACCACAAUACAAUAAUGAUAGUCGA